AAACUUUUGGUGGAAAACUGUGUUCUAAAAAAUAUAUCAAGUGAAGAUGAUUAAGAGUGAAGAGGUAUCAGAUCGCUCGGCCAUGUCUGUGGAUCACCUGGGAGGUGGUGGUAGCUACUAUCACCACGCCCACCCGCCUUUCGGCCACCCCAUUUCACAUCCCUCGCACACCCACACCCACCCGCACAGUGGACACUUGUACCGAUCGGGGAAUUUGUUAUCCGGAGGCAAUUACCAGACCAUGGGUGGCGGAGACUCGCCCACGGAUAUGGUGGACGAGAAGCCGAGCAUUGGCUACAUGGAACUGAAGCACUACAUGGAAGGUCCGUCCUCCGCCACGCCCGUUUCCGCCGCCCAGCACUAUAGCCUGAGUGCGCUGCACAGCAUGGGCACUCCGCCGGCAUCCUCGAGUCCAAUUCCGCCCUACGGCUCUCUCAUGACCCACUCAGCGGGAUCCGCCUCACCGCAGUCCAACUCAAAGACCCCGACGGAUCUGCCCCAGGACAUGCAGUACGUGACCUCCACCUCCAAGCCACUUCAAGUGCAGCUCCAGCCCAUGAACCACCAGUAUGCCUCGACCAUCAUGUACUGCUCCAACAACACCAUCCUCAAGGCCAAUGACUACCAGUUGCUGACCAGCCACGAGGUGGAGCAGCAGUCGCCACAGCAGCAGCACUCGCAGCAACAGGGGCAGCAGCAGCACACGCAGCAGCUGCAACACUCCCCAGGGGCCUACCUGCCGCGGAUAUCCGAGUCCCCCACCCAAGUAAUCAGCAAUGCCCACGGGAUGUCCUCGGUGCUCAACUACUCCAGCUCCAACUCCUCGCCCGCCAAGUCACUCAACGGAUCCGACUGUUCCCCUCCAACCCAGAGCGUCCAGACCCCAAAGACCCCAAGUGGUGGGGGAUCUGGCAACCAGGACGCGGUCAGCACUCCGGACACCACCAAGAAGUCGGGUACUAGGCGGCCGGAAAAACCUGCCCUCAGCUACAUCAAUAUGAUCGGCCAUGCCAUCAAGGAGUCACCCUCCGGAAAACUGACUCUCUCCGAGAUCUACGCUCAUCUGCAAAAGAGCUAUGAAUUCUUUCGAGGACCCUAUGUGGGCUGGAAAAACUCUGUUCGGCAUAAUCUCAGCCUGAACGAGUGCUUCAAGAAACUGCCCAAGGGCAUGGGCGUGGGCAAGCCGGGAAAGGGUAACUACUGGACCAUCGACGAGAACUCGGCGCACCUCUUCGAGGACGAGGGCAGCCUGAGGCGUCGACCCCGAGGAUAUCGAUCCAAGAUCAAGGGGAAGGCAUACGGAGGACAUAGCACAGCAUUCUACACUGGAAGCUACGCCGAUGCGGGAAUGGACAAUGCCAACUUUUAUGCCUCUCCAGCCUAUGCCAGCUAUGAUUAUGGUAGUUCCGGACCAAAUGGUGUCUCCACGGGUGGACCUCAGGGAUUCGGAGAUGCCUGGAAUGUCCAUGCCGCUCACAGUGGCGCUCCCUCGGGUGGUGUGGGAGUGGGCGUGGGUGUGGCGUCCCUGCCCCAGUACUCGAAUAUUUCCUGCCUGACUGCAGGCGGCGGCAGCCUCAACGGCACCGCAUCCACACCCCCUCUGGCCCACUCCACCCUGGGCAUGGGUCACAGUGCAGUGGGCUCCUCGAGCUCUCCACUCGGGUCUGCGGCGGCGCUUCAAAGCGAUUAUGCGCCAACCGCCAGCCUCGUGGCCGCGGGCUAUUCCUAUGCAACAAGUGGCGGCAGUCUGGACAACGGUCUCCGCUCGUUGUCGCUGCAGCAACUGCCCGGGUUGUCCACCAUCCAGCAGCAGCACCACCACCACCACCAUCAGCACCACCAGCAGCAUCAGCAGCACCCGCACCAGCACCACCAUCAGAACCACACCUCCAUGACCCCACCGCCAUCGCAGUCGGGCGGCAGCCAUGUGAUCGACCAUUCGCCCAUUGACCGGAAACCGGUUUACCUGCCGCCCAUCACGCCGCCACCUCCCUCCUCGGUGGUGGCUCUCAAUGGCGGCGGCGGCGGCGGCUACUACGAGCCACUGAAGUUCUCCAAUUAGCCGCCGCGUAGUUCCGAUUGGGCCGAUCGUUUAUACCUCAAAGGAUAAUCAAGUUGAAUUAGUCUUAAUUAGUGGCAGACCAAUACAAUCUCUUAUUAGUGAUUAGCGGGGAAUCUAACCAUAAACAUAUUGUAGCAAUAAAGCAAUAAAAAGAAAUUAUUUAUAAACAAGA